AUGUCGGAUUCUAUUUACACACAUGACUUUCUUCUCGAGCCAGGUUUAGAGAUAAAACAAGAGUCUCCGAUAGAAUCGGGUACUAUGUCUGCUUCCGUGCCUAUCCCACAGCGCCGUGUUGAUCCCGGGGACUUCAACACUGAUCUAGACCUGUGUUUGCAAGACAACUUGGUUGGCUCUUACAAUAUGCCUAAUCUGGCUUACAACAAACUUGUAUUUGAAACAGACAGUACAUCAAAAGCAGAAAGUUUCAAAAUGGAUGAUGAUGACAUAUUCCAAGUUGAUAAAGCGGAUUUGAUCCUUGGGCCAACACUUGCAGAGUUAAAUGCUAAUCCAGAUAAUUUAUUGGAUGAUUUAAAUUUUGAUGAUCUCCUUUUGCCUGAGGAGAGUGGUUAUUGUGUGCAAAUUGGAGGAGCGAUGAGUGGUUCACGCCGCGCGCCAAAUACUAUGCAAACACAUAAUAUUUUGCAAUCAGAGAGUCCUUGUAGUCCAUACAGUCGUGCACAACUGGCAUUUUCUCCAGCAAGCCAGCACAGCUCAGCGUCAUCUAGCUUUGCUCAGCCUAUGAAUCAAAUGCCAGAACUGCUGCUUCGAAUGGAUGGUUACAGUGGUGAAAUUGCUCUGGGUCAAUCAGUUCCAGCAUCAACUGUACUGCCACCAUUCCCCACUAGUGCAAAACCUCAGCAGCCCCAACUUUCUUCUUCUGCCCCUACCCACCUCACUAUGGAACAGAUUUGGCAGCGUCGUGAACCAAGGAAACAUCUUUUGUCUACCAGCUCCUUGGCUGAAGCAGGGUCAGCAUCAUCUCUUUCUGGAGGGCUUCUCAGUCCUGGCACUGUCGACUUUUCACAAGAUGAAGAGGAUCGUGAUGUAGAAACUGAUGAAGACAGUGACAGAUAUGAGGAUCUCUCCUCAGAUGAAUCAAAUGAUGAAACAGAAGGUAAACAACCUCGAAGUAGUUCAAAGAAGGAGAGGUUCUUUUGGCAAUACAAUGUACAGGCUAAAGGACCCAAGGGACAAAGACUCAUCUUAAAAAAUAAAUCAGAGGAUCCACAUGUCCUUAAUAUUGUAACUGAUCCAGUAUUCAGUCCCAGUUGCAGUGUUAGAGGCAUAAAACACAGUGGAAAGGCCAGGAAAGGAGACGGAAAUGAUUUGACACCAAAUCCAAGGAAAUUGUAUUUGAUUGGCAAAGAAUUAGAUAGUUUGGGUAAAAUAAUUAAUGAUAUGAUCCCUGUGAGUGAACUUCCAUUCAAUAUAAGACCCAAAACCAGAAAAGAGAAAAAUAAACUAGCUUCACGGGCCUGCAGAUUGAAGAAGAAAGCCCAACAUGAAGCAAAUAAAUUAAAAUUACAUGGCUUGGAGCAGGAACAUAGGCGCCUCAUGAAUGGAAUUGCACAAAUGAAACAAAUAGUGAGCAGCCGAGUGACUAACUCACAGAAUAAUGUUGACUGGAAUGCACACAUCACAAAUAUAGUAAACACAGCUACAGAGAUAAAAAUCGCUGGCAAAACUUCAGAAUAUGUCAAUAAAGUUUUGGACAAAGUCAAAGCAGGACAAAACAAUGGUGGAUUAAAUGAUUUAUAA